CGGGAUGCUGCAGUCCAGUUCCAGCAUCUGGUGCGAGCGGAUCACGGUGAAAGCUUCGGAAGAGUGAUUUCAGAACAAGUGAAAAGUAGCACAGAAAGGGGUUUUUAAGAUUGACCGCGAAAGAAAACAAGCGCAAAGUGAAGGUCAAGAAUUUGGUGGUCUCGUGUGGGCCUGAUUUGGAAGGAGUUGUGGAACAAGAUUGGAAAACAUUCUUCGUCAGCCCGCCCCGGGGGUAACUACUGACGUCUUCGGUUCGGACACAAACAACAGUCAACAAUAUAGUGUAAGGGCGUCACGCCAAUAGUGUUUUCGAGUACAAGUCAACGAAUUAGACAUAAUAAUGAUGUCCAGAAAGCUGAUGGAGGAAGCUCCAGAGGAUCGUGGUGUAUCUGAACAUUUCAAAAUAAGUAACUACGGCUACGGUAAGGACAGCGUUAAAGUGUUGCACGUUAUGCGAAAUGGACCGGUGCACAGUAUUAAAGAGUUCGAGGUGGGAACGAAACUAAAAUUGGCCAGUCAAAAAGACUACUUACAAGGUGAUAACUCGGAUAUCGUGGCAACUGAUUCCCAGAAAAAUACCGUCUAUCUACUAGCACGUAAGCAUGGCUUGAAAUCUCCGGAAGAAUUCGGCAUGUUGUUGUGCAACCACUUUCUCACGAAAUACUCGCACGUGAACGAGGUUUCCAUCCACAUCGAUGAGUAUCCUUGGUCCCGAAUGGGUUUCGGAAAGGGCCCCUAUCAGGAUUUGCACAACCAUGCGUUCGUCUUCACCCCAACAGCCAUUCGCUAUUGCGAUGUAACUCAAAAACGAGGCGAUUUCAAACCAACCGUGAUAAGCGGCCUAACGGAUCUGCGCGUUCUCAAAACAACCCAGUCAGCGUUCGUGAACUUCGUUAACGACGAAUACCGUUCGCUACCAGAUCAGCACGAUCGCAUCUUCAGCACCAUCGUUCGAUCAUCCUGGCAGUACUCGACCGUGCAGGACGUAGAUUUCGACUUUUGCUGGAACCGGGUGAAGCAAUGCAUCCUGAACACAUUCGCCGGUGACGCGGAGAAAGGAAUCUUCUCGCCAAGUGUACAGAACACGCUCUACUUAGCGGAGAAACUGGUCCUCGAAAGCAUUCCGGAGAUUUCCUCGAUCGAUAUGACGAUGCCAAACAAGCACUACUUCAACUUUGAUUUUAGCAAGUUUCCCAAGGUGAUCAACGGUGACGAACUGAAGGAGGAGACCGUGUUUCUGCCGGUGGAUAAACCGUCGGGGAUCAUCUACGCCCAGCUGGAUCGUAACUCAACGAUCAAGAGUAAACUUUGAUUUUAUUUUUUUUUACUUUUGUUUGAUAUGGUUGCUUAAGUUCUACAGUAGUAUAGAGUCUAAAAUGAGUAUUUUAAAGAUGGAGAAGAAAAUUGUACAAGUUCGAAUAAGGAGGCUACAAUCAAUUUCCGUUAAGACAUAAUAUAAGUGAACAAAUUGCUUCAGAGUAACUUAAGGCUCAAUAAUUACCUUCGAUAAAUAGAUUGUGGUGGCAGAAUGUAA